AUAUACAAGUACCUGUCAUCGCCCUUGUGUUGUGGAUUUCCAGUCAUCAGGCAUACGGAAUGAUUCAGGUUCUUAUUCUGACCGACAGUUUUCAAACACUUAGCAGCUGUUUAAGACAUAUUUGCAGGAAGACCAUAUCUGCGUUGUCAGCCCAUCUACUUUGAAACAGAAUAUACGUGGAGCUAGAUGUGAGCAGAGAUGUCGAUGUUGCAUUCAGUGUUCGGCAGAUUGAAGCUGCUACCCGAACGCCAAGCUAAGGAUGUUACCUGUCAUCCCCCUGUUGGUAACCAUGACGAUCGUGAAGAAGAUGGGUUCCUGCUGAUUGGUGAAACUGCUAGUGAUCGUACAACAGUCACACAUCAACAGUAUGUUGAUCAGCAUAGAAUACAUUCCCCUCCAAACUACUCACAGACACAAAUUCAGCAACCCCCUGGCUACGAUGUUGCUAUGACAACAGGUGCAGGAAUGAACAUGCAGUUGUCUCCCCUAGCUAUGUCUUCCAACAACAACCAUAUGUUGCCUCUAGCAGACAUUCCCUUCAUACUGGCUCCUCACCUUUCAUUACUACAGAGACUGGACUCGCUUGACAAGCAGCUCGGGACGGCCACAAUAGAUUGGUCAAAAUAUGAUUAUGACUUUAGCCUUGAGAUAAAUUACUUGCGGGAUUUGGGGUAGAGUAAUUGGUUCAGUGAAAGCAAAGAAAACCACUCUGAGAUUACUGUGACAAUGUUGAGAGAUGCUCCCCAUUGAUCAAUGACUUAUAUGCAGAGGAGCAUGUGACAGGUUUGAUUCAACUGCUAAUUGUUGCAAGUCACGUACUGUAGUGCAAUAUUUGAAGGGAGAUAGGUGUUUGACAGUACAAUCUGGGUGAAUACAUAGACCCAAUGGUUAGGUAUGUACAGAAUACUAAAUAUAAACUAAUGUUAAGCUCGAGAUUACUUGGAUGGUUUGGUAUAGUUGGUUGUAUAUGGUGCUACAGCAGUGUUUAAAACUCCCAAUAUCCCAAGCUAUACAGCCAGACUGGUAACAUUAAAAAAUUACCAGUCCGGAUGUAAAAAAUCGGGUU